GAUUUAAUGAGAUGGAAAACUAUACCAGGGUGAAAGAACUUAUUUUCCUUGGACUGACCCAAAGUCAAGAAGUGAGCGUGGUGCUCUUUCUUUUCCUUCUCCUGGUGUAUGUGACAACUCUGCUGGGGAAUCUUCUCAUCAUGAUCACAGUGACCUAUGAGUCUCGCCUUCACACCCCCAUGUAUUUCUUGCUCAGGAAUUUGUCUGUUGCUGAUAUCUGCUUUUCCUCCAUCACUGCCCCCAAGGUUCUGGUGGACCUUCUCUCAGACAGAAAGACCAUCUCUUUCAAUGGCUGUCUCACUCAGAUGUUCUUCUUCCACCUUAUUGGGGGAGUGGAUGUGUUUUCUCUGUCUGUGAUGGCUCUAGAUCGAUAUGUGGCCAUCUCUAAGCCCUUGCACUAUGUGACCAUCAUGAGCAGGGGCCGUUGCAUUGGGUUAAUAGUGGCCUCCUGGGUGGGGGGCUUUGCCCACUCCAUAGUGCAGAUUUCUCUNUUGCUNACACUUCCNUUCUGUGGACCCAAUGUUCUUGACACUUUCUACUGNGAUGUNCCCCAGGUCAUCAAACUUGCCUGCACAGACAUUGUUGUUCUUGANCUGCUGAUGAUUUCCAAUAAUGGAAUGCUCACCACACUAUGGUUUUUCUUGCUACUGGUGUCCUACAUGGUCAUAUUAUUAUUGCUGAAGUCUCAGUCAGGAGAGGGCAAGAAAAAAGCCAUCUCCACCUGCACCUCCCACAUCACUGUGAUCACCCUGCACUUUGUGCCCUGCAUAUAUGUCUACGCCAGGCCCUUCACUGCCCUCCCCACAGAUAAAGCCAUCUCUGUCACCUUCACAGUCAUCUCCCCUCUGUUGAACCCCUUGAUCUACACUCUAAGGAACCAGGAAAUGAAGUCAGCCAUGAGGAGACUCAGGAAAAGACUUGGACCUUCUUAUUGGAUAGAGAGGUAA